GCGAUCUUGACGGUGGUGGCGAUCGACAGAGACAAGAACAGCCAGCAGGCGGUGAGAUGGACAGUCGACCACCUCCUCGUCAAGAUGGAGAGGCUCGUCCUCGUCCACGUUCGGAGCCAAAACAACUCCCUCAAUAGUAGAUGGUUAUGCGACAGUUGAAGCAGGUCCUGAGCCAACCAAAGAAGAAGUGGAAGCAGAGAUGACACAGUUAUUUCUUCCCUACAGGGGCUUUUGUGCGCGGAAAGGGAUGCAGAUGAAGGAGGUGGUUUUGGAAGAUGUUGACAUCUCAAAAGCACUAGCGGAUUACAUCACCACCCACCACAUCCAUAAUAUCGUUGUCGGCGCUUCAAAUAGGAAUGCCCUCACAAGAAAAUUCAGGAAUCCUGAUGUACCAACAUGCUUGAUGAAAUCUGCACCAGAGUAUUGUGCAGUUUAUGUGAUAUAUAAAGGAAAGGCCAUCACAGUUAGGGCUGCGAAAGGACCUGCACCUGCUAACGGUAUCCCGCCAAGGCAAUUUCCGGUCCCCGAAAGCCCACACCGGCUACCUGAUCAAGGCGAGGGUUCUGUUAGGAAUCCAUUCUCAAAGGGAAGCUGGAGAGGCCACAUUCCGCCAUCCCCACGAUCCGAUAGAUCUCUUGAGGCAUUUCAUGGUCACAUAAAGACCCCCUCGAGGGACCGGCCCCUCUCCACAGCUAAGACAGCGCCCAGCGAUGCGUUGCUCGAGUACCUCGACUCCUCCGUGCGGCCACCGCGGUCCUCUUUUUCUCGCGACUCCUCAGACGAGAUCGAUUUGACAAAAAGCAUGGAUUUCCAGGCCAUGGACUUUGGCCACUUAACAGAUCCCUCAUCAGCAUCUCCGGAGAGCCCUAGUUCUGCCGGUCAGAGAGACAUUGAGGCGGAAAUGAAAAGGCUGAGGCUGGAGCUGAAACAAACGAUGGAGAUGUACAACACAGCUUGCAAAGAAGCAACCAUAGCUAAACAGAAGGCCAAAGAGCUGCAGGAAGAGGCCAGAAAGUUCGAGGAACGAAAGCACGCAGAAGAGGCGGCUCUCGCGCUCGUCGAGAUGGAGAAAGCCAAAUGCAGAGCUGCGAUCGAGGCCGCGGAGGCCGCGCAGAGGAUCGCAGAGCUCGAAGCGCAGAAGAGACUGAAGGCGGAGCGCAAGGCGAAGCGCGAGGCGGAGGAGAAGAAGAGAGCACUGGACGCGCUGGCUCACUCGGACGUCCGAUACAGGAAGUACAGCAUCGAGGAAAUCAAAGCCGCCACCAGCUACUUCACCGAGUCGCUGAAGAUCGGCGAAGGCGGAUACGGGCCCGUGUACAGAGCUUGUUUGGAUCACACCCCGGUCGCGAUCAAGGUGCUUAGCCCGGAUGCAUCGCAGGGAAGGAAGCAGUUCCAGCAAGAGGUGGAGGUGCUGAGCUGCAUCCGGCACCCGAACAUGGUGCUGCUGCUGGGGGCGUGCCCGGAGUACGGGUGCCUGGUGUACGAGUACAUGGAGAACGGGAGCCUGGAGGACCGGCUGUUCCGGCGGGGGGGGACGGCGGCGAUGCCGUGGGGGGUGCGGUUCAAGAUCGCGGCGGAGGUGGCGACGGGGCUGCUGUUCCUGCACCAGACGAAGCCGGAGCCGCUGGUGCACCGGGACCUGAAGCCGGCGAACAUCCUGCUGGACCGCAACUACGUGGCGAAGAUCAGCGACGUGGGGCUGGCGCGGCUGGUGCCGGCGUCGGUGGCGGACGAGGUGACGCAGUACCGGAUGACGUCGACGGCGGGGACGUUCUGCUACAUCGACCCGGAGUACCAGCAGACGGGGAUGCUGGGGACCAAGUCGGACGUGUACUCGCUGGGGAUCCUGCUGCUGCAGAUGGUGACGGCCAGGUCGCCCAUGGGCCUCACGCACCACGUCGAGCGGGCCGUCGAGGAGGGCAAGAUCGAGGAGGUGCUCGACCCGGCGCUCCAGGACUGGCCCGCCCAGGAGGCCCUCGACUUCGCCAGGCUCGCGCUCAGGUGCGCCGAGCUCAGGAGGAGGGACCGCCCCGACCUCGCCUCCGUCGUCCUGCCCGAGCUCAACCGCUUCAGGAAUCUCGCCCUCGCGCACGACGCUGCCCUUCCCAGCUGCAGAUAGAUAUACUUUCACUCGCUAUUUUGCGUCGGUUACAGAAGAUGCGUUGAGUUAUCGGAAUGCUAGGCUAGCCUGGGAUGUUGGCAGAUGAAGGUUUGGGGUUCUGGAACAAUUUUGGUUGUGGAGCAAAGUUAGUGAGUAGGAGAGGAAAAGAAGAUCAAAUUUGCGAGUAUAUUUGGCGCGACGUCUUUGCACCAUAAGAAUAUCAUUACAAUACUAAUCGUCGACUAUGAAUGAAGCAGGUAGCUUGCUACCUAAUUCUCAAAAAGAAAAAAAAAAAUACUAAUCGUCGACUGUGUUUAGAAUGACA